AUGAAGGAGGAGCAAGUAAUUAUAAGUGCAUCGAUAAGGAGAGGCAUGCUCUUCUUGAAUUCAAAGCAUACAUUGAUCAAGACCCCAAGGGUUUUCUCUCUUGUUGAUGAAGAAGCAACCAAUGAUUGUUGUAGCUGGAGUGGAGUUACAUGCAACAACCAUUCUCAUGCUACUGGCCUUGACUUGAAAGGUGGAGAUCUUAAAGUUUUAAGUUUAGAUGAUUGUGACCUCUCACAGAUCAUACAUCCAUAUUCUCAUUCCGCAGCCAACUUUUCUUUUCCUCCGCAUAUUAGUCAAAUUUAUCUCGGAAACAACAACCUCAACUCAUCCAUGUAUCAUUGGUUGUUUCCAUUAACUAGCAACCGGCUUGAAACUCUUGAUCUUUCAGGAAACAAGUUAGAUGGGAUACCCGAAUAUCUUGGAAAUCUCUGCUUGGGAGUUUUGUAUUUUGAUGAAAACUCAAUGCCUGUCGUAUUUCCUGAUUUAUUGAAAAACUUGUCUGGAUGUACAUCUGUUACGCUAGAAUUGUUGCAAGCUCAAUCUAGCCAGUUGACAGGGUCGAUAUCCGAUGAUAUCCAAAAGUUUUCAUCCCUAGAAGCGUUAAUCCUUUCUCACAAUAAAUUAAAUGGAAGUAUAAGUGAAAAAUUGUGGAAACUACCCAAUCUUUUCAGGCUUGAUCUUUCUUCCAAUUAUCUUAAAGGAGCCAUCCCUAAAAUCAAAGGAAAGUCAAAGAUUACCUUUAUAAAUCUUUCAAACAACUCACUCGAAGUUGUUCCUUCCAUUGCUUGGAAAUGUAGUGUACGAAGGAUUGACAUGAGCUCCAACAACUUUCAUGGUCCUAUACCACAUGUUCCAUCACUGUGUUUACUUGAUUUAUCGGAUAAUUCAUUAACAGGAGAAAUUCCAGAUUGUUUUUGGCAUUUUAAACAACUAAGAGUUCUUAAGCUUGGUCAAAACAAUUUUUCUGGAAGGCUUCCUGCUUCUCUGAAGUAUUUGACCAAACUUGAGGUUUUGUACUUGUACAACAACAGCUUCACAGGAGAAUUCCCCUUAUCUUUACAGGCGUGUAAAAAGUUAGCCUUUUUGGACUUGGGGGCCAAUAAGUUUUCUGGUUACGUGCCUAUUUGGAUCGGCGAAAAAUUGCAAAGCUUGUAUAUUUUUAGACUUUCAUCAAAUAAUUUCUAUGGAACUAUCCCUUCACAAUUAUGUCCAUUGGUGAAUCUAACAGUUUUAGACCUUUCAAUGAACAACCUCUAUGGAACCAUCCCCACAUGUCUCGGUAAUCUUACUUCCAUGGUGCAAUCAAGUGACCAAAAUGUGCACGCUUAUUCUACGUACUGGGAAUAUUUCGGUGAUAGCUAUGUUGACCAUAUGACGUUCAAUUGGCAAGGAAGUAUACGUGAAUUUAGCAGCACUCUAGGAUUGAUGAAGAGUAUUGAUUUAUCAAGCAACAAUCUAACAGGAAUUAUCCCAGAUGAACUAACCGAUCUCCAUGAAUUGAUUACACUGAACUUGUCAAUGAAUGCUCUCCUCGGAGGGAUUCCAGCAAAUAUUGGCCAGAUGACAAAUCUUCUACAUUUGGAUGUGUCUCGAAACAAUCUUUCGGGAAAUAUACCGCUAAGCAUGUCUCAGAUGUCUUCAUUAAAUUAUCUAGACGUGUCAUAUAAUAAUUUGUCUGGGAGAAUUCCAUCUGGCACUCAACUCCAGUCUUUUGAACGUUCAAGAUACAUCGGAAAUGAAGGACUAUGUGGACCUCCCCUGACCAAAUAUUGCCCUGGAGAUAAAGAGUUAGAAGUAACCCCCUUUCUUGGUCAAAGUGAGAUUGGAGGCAAAGGCAUAGAUGAACUGGAAACAUGGUUUUAUAUUGGUGGUGCUAUCGGCUUUGCAACUGGAUUUUGGAUAGUAUGUGGCACUUUAAUUGUCAAUCGUCGUUGGAGGAAUGCUUUUUUUCACUAUUUUGAUUCCUUGAAAGAUUGGGUUUAUGUAAAAAUGAUGGUCUUCAUUGCAAAAUUGCAGCGAGGUGCAAAUGCAUAG